UAUGCCUGCCUCGCACAAACAGCGGUCGGGAGAGUAAAUACAGAGAGCCCCAAGAUGGCGGAGUCACUGAGCUUCAUUCACUUUGGUGCAGCGACCAAAAGCCCGCUCGCCAAAUCUAAAGAACCGAAACUAGCGUCGGACACCCGGCCGCAGUCUUCCCGGGACAUUCACCCGCCGCCGUCCAAGCGAGUCCGAAACGACGAGAAGAGCCUUAAACCUAAGAAACUAAAUGGGGAAGGAGGUGCAGGGGGAGGUGGCGGCGCAGUGGAGAAGCAGCACCAGAAGCAGAGUUCAGGCAACCCGACAACAUGGAGCUUCAGCCCCGUCAAGGCGAGCAGCAACCCCUCGGCGCCCCUCCAGCCUCCCAUUCACACAGUGUUCAAGCAGAGCGCUUUCCUCGCCUCCCAUACCAAACCACCAUCCAAAAAGCCCAAGGAAAAACGAGAGAAAGAGAAGGAUUUCAAGGAAAAGAAGAAACAUAAACCAAUCCCUGGUACUCCUGGAAAUAUUAGCAGCAGUCUGAGUAACGUCACUACUGUAAUGAAGAAGGAGAACGGGGAGAUGAAGUUGUUGCAAAAAGACCACACCAGUAAGGACACCACAAAGAGCACUACCUCUGCGGAGCACUACCCUCUGCGGGAGCACUACCCUCUGCGGAGCACUACCUCUGCGGAGCACUACCCUCUGCGGAGCACUACCCUCUGCGGAGCACUACCCUCUGCGGAGCACUACCCUCUGCGGAGCACUACCCUCUGCGGAGCACUACCCUCUGCGGAGCACUACCCUCUGGGGAAACUGAUGCUGUGCAGGGGGAAACUGAUGCUGUGCAGUGGGAAACAGAUGCUGUGCAGGGGGAAACUGAUGCUGUGCAGUGGGAAACUGAUGCUGUGCAGUGGGAAACUGAUGCUGUGCCGGUGGAAACUGAUGCUGUGCAGAUGCUGUGCAGGGGGGAAACUGAUGCUGUGCAGGGGGAAACUGAUGCUGUGCAGGGGGAAACUGAUGCUGUGCAGAUGCUGUGCAGGGGGGAAACUGAUGCUGUGCAGGGGGGAAACUGAUGCUGUGCCGGUGGAAACUGAUGCUGUGCCGGGGGAAACUGAUGCUGUGCAGGGGGAAACUGAUGCUGUGCAGAUGCUGUGCAGUGGGAAACUGAUGCUGUGCAGUGGGAAACUGAUGCUGUGCAGUGGGAAACUGAUGCUGUGCCGGUGGAAACUGAUGCUGUGCAGGGGGAAACUGAUGCUGUGCAGGGGGAAACUGAUGCUGUGCAGAUGCUGCCUCCACCGGCCGAACCCGGACGACGCUGGGCCAACUGGGACUCCGAUGGGACUCCGAUGGGACUCCGAUGGGACUCCGAUGGGACUCCGAUGGGACUCCGAUGGGACGAUGCUGGGACUCCGAUGGGACGAUGCUGGGACUCCGAUGGGACGAUGCUGGGACUCUGAUGGGACAAACUCAAACCUAAUAAAAAUAACAUCAUUAAAGAGGGACAGCUGGGAGUGCUGGGAAUGGGACGAUGCUGGGACUCCGAUGGGACGAUGCUGGGACUCCGAUGGGACGAUGCUGGGACUCCGAUGGGACUCCGAUGGGACUCCGAUGGGACUCCGAUGGGACGAUGCUGGGACUCCUAUGGGACGAUGCUGGGACUCCUAUGGGACGAUGCUGGGACUCCUAUGGGACGAUGUGGGACGAUGCUGGGACUCCGAUGGGACUCCUAUGGGACGAUGCUGGGACUCCUAUGGGACGAUGCUGGGACUCCUGUGGGAGAGGGACUCAAUGGGACUGGACGAUUUCCACCCCCUGGACUGCUGCGGCUCUUCCCAGUUCCACCCCCUGGACUGCUGCGGCUCUUCCCAGUUCCACCCCCUGGACUGCUGCGGCUCUUCCCAGUUCCACCCCCUGGACUGCUGCGGCUCUUCCCAGUUCCACCCCCUGGACUGCUGCGGCUCUUCCCAGUUCCACCCCUGGACUGCUGCGGCUCUUCCCAGUUCCACCCCUGGACUGCUGCGGCUCUUCCCAGUUCCACCCCUGGACUGCUGCGGCUCUUCCCAGUUCCACCCCCUGGACUGCUGCGGCUCUUCCCAGUUCCACCCCCUGGACUGCUGCGGGCUGCUUCCCAGUUCCACCCCCUGGACUGCUGCGGGCUGCUUCCCAGUUCCACCCCCUAGGACUGCUGCGGGCUGCUUCCCAGUUCCACCCCCUGGACUGCUGCGGCUCUUCCCAGUUCCACCCCCUGGACUGCUGCGGCUCUUCCCAGUUCCACCCCCUGGACUGCUGCGGGCUGCUUCCCAGUUCCACCCCCUGGACUGCUGCGGGCUGCUUCCCAGUUCCACCCCCUGGACUGCUGCGGGCUACAAGCAGAAACCCAAAAUAAACUCAGAGGAGCUCCAGAUUAAAAAAGUGAAGAAGAAAAAGAAGAAGAAACACAAAGAGAGUGAGAGAGAGAAGGAGAAGUGGAAACGUCCCAAGAUGUACAGCAGGUCCAGCCAGACCGUGUGUGCUGGUCUCCUCUCUGAGCUCCAUGCAGGCCUGGCCUCCAAACAACAGCCCCACCACCACCACGGCCACACAGAGUUCAAACCCCCGCUCCCCGUCCACCACCACCACACCUCCACCACCUCAUCCAUCAAACAGGAGAACUGCUACAGCCCCUCUCCAACUCUGUCCCUCUGCAAGCCCCUAUGGAGCAGCAGCAAUAGCAGUAGCAGUAGCAUUAGUAGUUGGGACCCAGCUUCCCCCAUGACAUCCCCCCUCCAGAUCCCCCAGCCACGGUGCCCCCAGCCUGGCUUUGAGAACCUGGAGUUCGCCCGCUUCAUCCACGUAGAGGAACAACCCAACGGUGGAGCCCUGGUGGCACACGCCUACUGCAGCGAGCUCUCGGCCCUGUCUCCCGCGGCGAUGCAGCAGUUCGCCCAGGAGUUUGUGACCCUGGCCUUCAGCGAGGACACGUCAUCCCAGGCAGCUCACUACGUCAUGGGCAUCAUCCACGGGGCGGCCUCCUACCUGCCAGACUUCCUGGACUACUUCUCCUGGAAGUUCCCCUCGUCGCCGGUCAAGAUGGAGAUCCUGGGGAAGAAGGAUAUAGAGACCACCACCAUGCUCAACUUCCACAAUCAGGUAAAGAGAACGUACAGCCACGGGACGUACCGGGCAGGUGCCAUGCGUCAGAUCAGUCUGGUGGGGGCAGUGGACGAGGAGGUGGGGGAUUACUUCCCAGAGUUCAUCUCUAUGCUGGAGGAGUCGCCCUUCCUAGAGCGGACGCUACCGUGGGGUACGUUCUCCAGUCUGAAGCUGAAGAGUCCAACAGAGAGUGAUGACGGGCCCAUCAUGUGGGUACGACCUGGGGAACAGAUGAUCCCUGUCCUACUUUCACACCCUGUGGCUGACGUACCAAAGUCUCCCUACAUAAGGAGAAGGUCAACCAAUGAGAUCAAGAACCUGCAGUACCUACCUCGGGCCAGCGAGCCUCGUGAGAUGCUGUUCGAUGACCGGACGCGUGCCCACGCUGACCACAUCGGACAGGGCUUCGAGAGGCAGACCACCGCCGCUGUAGGGGUGCUCAAGGCCGUGCGCUGUGGAGAGAGCGCGGAGCCCCCUCGCGUUACCAAAGACGUGAUCUGUUUCCAUGCUGGAGACUUCCCUAAUGUAGUCCAGAGGUUACAACUGGACCUGCACGAACCACCUCUGUCCCAGUGUGUGCAGUGGGUGGACGACGCUAAGCUGAACCAGCUGAGACGCGAGGGGAUCCGCUACGCCCGUAUCCAGCUGUACGACAACGACAUCUACUACAUCCCUCGUAGUGUGGUUCAUCAGUUCAAGACUGUCUCUGCUGUCUGCAGCCUGGCAUGGCACAUCCUAAAACAAUACCACCAAGAGCCUCCGGCCGAGGAGGAGAGGAAGGUGGACGUGUCGACGCUACGAGUCAAACAGGAGCAGUUUGGGGAUGCCUUGAUGGGAGGGACCACAGCUCCUCUCACGGACCCCACCCCCACAGACAGAGACACUGCCCACCCGGAGGUCAAAGUGGAACCUCAACCUGCAGAUAUAAGGCUGCCCAAGCCCUCUGUCACCUCACCCAUCGCCCCCCUAACUCCCUCCAAAACGUCUUUCCAGGACACCAAGCCCAAAUCACAUCACCAUCAUCCCCACUACUACCACCACCACCAUCACUCAGAAUUACAUCAAACCACUACCACACACUCUUCCUUGUCUUCCUCACUCAAACCCUCCCCCACCUCCACCCCCCAUCCUCUCCCAAACCCAGUCCGUCAUCCUCUUCCUGGCCUCCAGCCACACAGAGAGCAGGACCCCUACACCCCAGUUCCGGGCCCAACCCCAGCCCAGACCGGACAAACCCCAGGACAAAGACACUUCUCUUUACACCAAGGCCCCAGUCACCCCCGGAAACACGGCCUCCUGGCCCCCGCACCGCUCCUCCUCUCCUUUAAACACCACCAGCAAGAGCAGCAGCAGAAAGACUGUUUCUACUGA